AUGCAGGAAGGUACAGUUGCCGAAUAUUAUGACACAUUUACUGUUUUGGCUAAUCGUGUAGAGGGUCUCUCUAAUGAUGCUAUGUUAGAUUGUUUCCUGAGUGGAUUGCAGACAGAGUUACAGUGUGAAGUAAUUCCCUGGCAACCUGAUUCCAUUACCAAAGCUUUGUCAUUGGCCAAAUUAUUUGAGGAGAAACAUGCUAUUGGAGCCAAAGGCCGUAAGAUCAAACAUGGGUUUUAUCCAAAUUAUUUAGCUUCUGUUAAGAAGCCAGUACCACAUCUUACUAGGGAAUCCAACUCCAUUAACAUACCGGCUCCUCCAGUAGCUUUGUCCAAGCCACCAGUUUCUACUAGUACUUCAAUUGCUCCACCUCCAUUUCGGAAGAUGUCCUAUAAUGAGAUGCAAUUGCAACAAGAGUUUCAAAGCCUCUAUUUGCAUGCUAUGAACCGCCGGUUGGUGUCUGGCACCUUGCGGUUUACUGGCUGUAUUAAUGGCUAUUCGGUACAAAUCUUAUUAGACGGGGGUAGUGAUGAUAAUUUCAUCCAACCCCGUGUAGCAAAAUUCUUACAACUUCCGGUGUUACCGAUUGAAGCUUUUAAGGUGUUUGUGGGCAAUUGCAGUUUUCUUCAAGUGGAAGGAGUAGUGGAGAAUCUUCCACUUCAGGUACAAUAUCAUAUCAUACAUCUUUCAGUAUUCUUGCUGCUCGUAGUUGGAGCCGAUAUUAUCAUUGGUACAUCCUGGUUAGCCACUCUUGGACCCCAUAUUGUAGAUUAUAAUGCUAUGACAUUACAAUUCUACCUCAAUGAUGAAUUCAUUACACUGAAGGGUGAUACAUACUUCAAGCCUCACAAAUCUUCAGUCCAUCAGUUGUCUCGAUUGUAUUCUACUAAAUCCAUUGCAGUGUGUUUCACAUUAACUAGAGCAUUGCAACUUGACUCUAUUACAGCUCAUUCUUCUUAUCAAUUUGCAGUAAGUCAUACGGUGCCAUCCACUUUACAAUUUUCUGCAGAUAUGCCAGUUCAAUUACAGAAAUUAUUAUUGCAAUAUCAAGAUGUUUUUCAGAUUCCUUGUGGCUUGCCUCCAUCUCAGAAUUAUAAUCAUAAAAUUCCUUUGCUUCCUGGCUCUACACCUGUGAAGGAUAAACCUUACCGUUAUUCACACAGUCAAAAAUUAGAGAUUGAAUUAAUGGUUGCUCUGAUGCUGCAAGAUGGAAUUAUUGAACACAGCCAAAGUCCAUUCUCAUCAUCUGUACUGUUUAUAAAGAAAAAGGAUGGCGCAUGGAGGUUUUGUACUGAUUAUCGGGCUUUAAAUGCUAUUACUGUCAAGGAUUCUUUUCCAAUUCCUACAGUGGAUGAAAUCUUUGAUGAAUUAUAUGGUGCUUCCUAUUUUUCUAAACUAGACUUACGGUAUGCUUAUCACCAGAUUUUACUUGAUCAGGAGGAUAAAGACAAAACAACUUUUCAGACUCACCAUGGUCACUUUCAGUGGCUGGUCAUGCCCUUUGGCCUUUCGAAUGCUCCGGCCACUUUUGAAGCAUUGAUGAAUGAUGUUUUUGGACCAGCUUUGAGAAAAUAUGUCUUAAAAAUUGAGUAUUUUGGGCAUGUGGUUUCAAAGCAUGGAGUAAAGAUGGAUACUUCUAAGGUACAUGCUAUACUUCAAUGGGAUAUUCCAACUACUUUGAAACAACUCAGAGGAUUCCUUGGUUUCAGUGGUUAUUACCGCAUAUUUAUUUCCAAUUACGCUACUAUUGCCAGACCUCUCACUGAUCUCUUAAAGAAAGACAACUUCUCUCAACCAUUCACUAUUGAGACUGAUGCUUCAGGGUCAGGCAUUGGGGCAGUGUUAAGCCAGAACAAGCAUCCAAUAGAAUUUUUCUCCAAGAAGAUGUCUCCUAGGAUGCAAGCUCAGGCAGUCUACACUAGAGAAUUUCAAUUGGUGGCAGAGACAUUUAUACACCAUGUUGCCAAACUUCAUGGAAUUCCCAAGACGAUUAUCAGUGACCGUGACAAAGCAUUUACCAGCAAAUUUUGGAAUCAUUUAUUCAGUCGGAUGGGCACUACUUUAUCAAUGUCCACAGCCUAUCAUCCAAAAACUGAUGGACAAACUGAAAGUCUUAAUAAAUGCAUUGAGCAUUAUUUGCGUUGCUUUGUAUCAGAUAAUCCCAAAUCUUGGACUGAGCUCUUGCCAUGGGCUGAAUUGUCCUAUAACACUUCUUUUCAUACUAGUAUUGGGAUGAAACCAUUUAAGGUGGUGUAUGGUUGUGAUCCACCGGGAUUCAUUGCUUAUCAACAGGAUGCCAUGGAUUCUCCUUCAGUAAUUGAGUUGCUAACCAAGAGGGAUCGAAUUCUACAAUCAGCUAAUGCAAAAUUUGCAUAA